CUACUAUAUUGUCAGUAUCUCAAGUCAAUGGCCUCUGUGAGUUUGCUCCAUAUGAAUAGAGUUCAUCUUUUGAAAAUUACUGUGAGGCAGGAUUUUACGGAGACACGUACAAUCCAGUGAAGGCUUUCAUAUAGUGUUUUAAUUCGAUAAUUCUUCUGAUAAAUGACUGGGUCUCACAGAGUAGUUUUACCACUUUUUACAGCUACCUCUCUUGACAAAUAGUAUCAUUCUGCUCCACUGUUAAUUGCCAGCAAAUCUUAAAAACAAGAAAAUGAAUAGGGUUUUCACAGAGCAGUUUUAUCACUUUACAGCUGCCUUUCUUGACAAAAAUGGCAAAAUAUUUGUCAUUCUUUUUCCACUUUUGAUUGUCAGUGAAUCUUCAGGAAGGAAAUGAACGGUAACUUAAUUGCAUUUUUAGAUUAAUAAAUUAAGCUACAGUUUGAAAAUGACUUUAAAUAUUGCUGCUACCACUUUUGACUGGACAAUACUACUACUUAGCUUGAAAAUAAUGACCAGGGUAGGUAGCCACUGAAAGGCAUCUGUAUUUUAAUGACGUUUUAGAUAAAAUUAGACAAGACUGUGAAACUGUUCGUUCGUAUGUGAGGUAUAUCGCUUCCGGUGGACUGUUUACGAUAAAUUCGCUUCAGUGACAUUAUUAGUGCCAAAGUAACCAAGUGAUAGGGAAUGAAUAGUGAGGAAAUAUGAUUAAUAUGAAGAAGUUUGUCGUAUAUUCUAAGGAACUGGGGGCAUUUAUUAUUUUUUUUUUUCUUGUGCAUUUCACGAUUUCAAUUAACUGCUGUGAUUUGGUUAGUACACUCUUUGGAGACACAAAAGUGUACGCCAAGCGUAGGUGUUUAGGUGUUAGUGCCGAUAGUGUACAGAGGUAUUGUGCCUCCUCGUAGCUCUCUCUUACCUCGGAAAAGAGGUAACUUCAUGCACGGAAUAGUCGAUAGUUUAUCUCUCCCGGACCUGAGGUCGAAGCUUUUAUCUGGAUGGGAAAAAUUCCUGAUUUCAUUUAUGUUUCAUUUUCUGUUUGUUUUUCCCAGAUAAUUUCGUUAGACAUGUAUUCCAGAAUGCUGGAAAUAAGAAGAGAUAUACAAAUACAUACAUAUAUAUUUAUAUGUAUACAUACAUAUACAUACACAUCUUACCCCUUGUCUAUCAUUCGAAUAUAAACAUUCAUAUCGUUACUUAUUGCAGUUCAUCCCUGCUUCUUAUCAAGCAUAUUUUAUGACUUAUGACUGGCAGCAGAGAUAGUAAGUAACAGAAAGUAAACAUUAGACAUCCUAUUUCCUUGUGUACGAGUUGCUAAGAUAUUCGCUAAUGAGUUUUCUGGAGCUAUUAACAGCAAUAAUUGGCCCCACUCAAAAUCUCGGGCAGAUCUGUGAAAGGAAGACUUACGAAUGCGUCAGCUUUGUUCAGUUCUAAACACACCUACAAAUGGCUGUCGUUUUGUUGUUGGCCGCUCUUUCUAAUCUCUGACAGUGAGUCAGUGAAAGACUGACAGUAUCCUGGGAAGUGUCAGUGCGUUAAGUGUCACUUAGUAAGCUCCGUAGUUUGCCAGCCGAUUGACAAAUUUUCCACGCUGCAUUUGUGCUCUUAAGCAAGGUCUGUGAUAAUAGGAAGGAAAUCGGUCUACGGAAAAAGAUAUCGGUCUACGAAAGCAGCUGGGGUCACUGCUACGGGAAACUAUGUCAAGAUCGCGCUAUGUGUAACAUGUCGAGCGUCCCCUUCAGCAGCAGCAGCAGAUGAUGUCAGGCAAAUGUGCGAAGUUCAAAGCAACCUUGACAAGGAAGAUCCCUGUAGGAUUAUCACAAAUUAUAAAAAAGUGGGAUGAUGAAGGAUCCUAAUCACGCCCUUGCAUUGUCUGGGAGUCCGUCACUCCUGUGACGUCUUUUUCAAAUCGAGCAGGAACUGGGAGGUCUCCUUCAAUCCAAUAAUGGGCAUCACGCGAAAAUUCUUCCUGAUAAACCUAGGCAUAAUAUUCUUCAACGUGAUCUUCAGUAUGCUCGUCCACUUGGGACUGCUGACCUACAGAUCGCCCGUCAGGGAACGCUAUGUCCAGCUCUCGGACAGAAUCCUAAUCAACGACCCACAGUUACCAGACGAGGUGAGAGAGAAUGACCCGUUCUUCUCCAUGAAUGAAACCACCUGGGGAGGAUCAGUUUGCCAGAACCAAACUGACCUCCGGAGCCUCACACUGAACCCCAACAGAGGUCUCCUCGACAAGACGAGGUCCUUCAAAAUCCACAGCUACACUGUCACUGGAGACAACUGGAGCGAAACAAGCGCCUCUUGGCACGUGUGUCUGUCGACUCAAACGUCGGUUGACCUGAUGUUCUGGAUAAAGAAGCAGGCAGAGAUGUGGGAGGGGCCUCUGUCCGUAGCGUUGUUUACGCCAGACGUAGAUUACACGAUAGCCGUUAAGAUGAUCAAGUAUUUGCAGACUUGCUUCCCAGAGGUGCAGGGAAGGGUGACGUUUCACAUGGUGUAUCCGAGAGAUUUGCCGCCCAAGUACAUCCAGAUUGAUGAUGACCAUCUAGAAUACGACUGCGGUCAGCCUGAAUCUGUUAACAAAGAGAUUCUGAAGAAAGUAAGGACGCCCGAACUUCAAGAACACAUGAAAAAGUCACCGUAUCCCCAGAACCUUUUGAGGAACAUAGCGCGCGAAGGGUGUCACUCAGAGUACUCCUUCACUCCAGAUGUCGACAUGAUCUCCGUCCCGGGAAUAUCGAAGCAGCUGGACAGUUUCGUUGCAAGAAACUCGACGAGGAACUGCAGCAAGUGCGCCUUCAUCAUCCCGACUUACGAGAUCCACUCGAGGAUGACGAAAAACCCCCAAAACAAGAGAGAACUGAAGUCACUGCUGAGGAAGAGGAAAGCACAGCGGUUCCACCUGAGGGUCUUCUCCCCAAACCAGGCCAAUUCGAAGCUGCAGUUUUGGGAGACCAAACCGAUGGCAGAAACGCUCGAGGUCCUCUACAAUAUCACGACCUGGCAGAACUACUGGGAGCCCAUCUACGUCGCAAAAGCAACAGUUCCUUUCUAUGACGAAAGGUUCGUGGGGUAUGGCUUCACGAGGAAUAGCCAGGUGUUCGAGAUGCACGUGUCUGACUAUACAUGGCACAUGCUGAACAACGCAUUCCUGUGCCACAGGGGAUUCCAGGUGAACAAGAAGAAAGACGUCACACGCAGGGAACAGAUCAAGACCAAUUGUGAAUUAUACAAGGCCUUUCGGCGGGAGAUUUACGCGCGCUACGGCAAAAACGCAGAGGAUUACGAACCCAAGAAGAGGAAGAUGCCCAAAACGAAAACAGAAGACGGUGCGGGAGACGGAGGAGGAGAAGAUCAAGUUGUAUCGUCCCCGACUGUCCAUGAGCAGAAUCCUGGAGGAAGUUUGCCUUCCAGUCCCAUCCAAGUCGUCGUUAAGAGUUUAACCCCCAGGGGUGGCCACCCGCCACAGGGGCGGGAACCCCCGAUGCUAACGAAAAUUCGGGAGGCAUUGCAGAAUCUGAAGCUCUGAGACCAAAAUAAAAAGAAACGUUCAUUCGAGAAUCAUUACCAAACAUGAACUGACCCAAAAUUCGAGAAGCAUUACGAAAUGCGUGUAUAUAGUAUGUGUAUGUGUGCGCGUGUGUAUGUAUGUAUGUAUACAUAUACCUAUACUUAUAUUUAUAUUUUAGCUUUUAUGACGAAAAUGUAAUUUAUUUAUAUUUUACAAAUUACACAUUUUAAAUUUUUUAAA